CAGGUAAAGACACAGGCCACAUUCUUGGCUUGAUCAAUGUACCAGGAACCGGUUCCCAGGACGGCUUUGGAAACCCUUUGCAUAGAUAAUUGGUAGAAAAGCAAUCAAAUUCCAGCGCGCCCGUCUCCCAAAUUCCGCCUGGGGAUCGUCUUUCAACCUGCCUUUCGCCCGAUCGCCCUUUCUGGCAGCACUUUUGGGCCAACGACAAACGGUUCACUGUUGGUGCCUGUCCUUCGUGGAGAAACCCCCGUUUUUCAGAGCGUUUCUCCCUCACGCUUUUUCUUCUUCUUUGUUCUUUGUCCCCCCUGGACGCAGGCUUGCCGUUCCCCCGUCUUCCUUCUCUUCUCCUCGAUUUCGCUCUAGAAUCCCCCCGACACCUAGUCCAGCAAUAAGGGAAUUGGGCAAGAACAGGCCCCAAGAAACAAUGUCGGACGACGAGGUGGAUCCCGAGCUCAUUGCGCUUCUGCGCAAAACUCUGGGAUUGGGAGGGUCGUCAGAUCCCCGAACGGCAGACACAAAGGUGCUGCAAAAUGCGCAAUUCGCUUUUGACAAUGCUAUCGACGUAGCUUUGAACCCCUCCAAGACUAAAGAAGCUGCGGAGACGAUAUGGCGCAUGAUGCAGAAGAAGGAAUAUUCGACACAGACAUGGUCGGAACACGAAUUACACCCCAAAACGAAAGACGAGAGCACCGUCGACUUCAUUUUCACUAUGGACCUUCUCAACUUCAGUUUCUGGUCCGAACUCCCCAGUGAGAAGCGCUUCGCUGUCGAGUAUCGAGGACGGAAGUGGACUGGUUACUGGAGCUUGGUUGCCGCAUUGCAAAGGGCCCUGGACGAGGAUAUUCCUAUCACCACUCCGGAGUUUUGGACAAAGGAAGAUGAAUGUACCGAGGAUCUUCUCAAGCACGUCUUUCGCUCCGCCACCGAUGAAGAGAUUCCUUUGCUCAAGGAACGGCAUCAGUGUCUGCAAGAAGCCGGACGAGUUCUUUGCAGAGAGUAUGAGGGAAGCUUCUUGAACUGCAUCUACAACUCCAACUACUCUGCGGCUUCACUCGUAAAUCUGCUGGCAGAGAGCUUCUCCUGCUUCCGGGAUGAGACAACCUUUCACGGGCGGAGAGUGCGUAUUUACAAGCGAGCCCAGAUCUUGGUUGCGGACCUGUGGGCUUGUUUCAAUGGCGAAGGGUACGGGGAGUUUCACGAUAUCGAUAAGAUCACGAUGUUUGCAGACUACCGAAUCCCUCAGAUGCUCCACCAGCUUGGCUGCCUGAUGUACUCUCCGCCAUUGGAAAGCCACAUACGCCAACUGAAACCAAUUCCCAGUGGCUCGAACUGGGAAAUCGAGUUGCGGGCAACUAGUAUCUGGUGUGUCGAGUUGAUCAGAAGAGAAAUCGAGCGCCGACAUCCAGAGACCAGGGUGCACCCGACAGCUCACGGUAGCAAAACUGCAAAGACGUCAGGCACAGCGACACCAUAUGAAGAAGAGCACCAGCAAAAGUGCUCAACGCAGAAACACGUCAAGAAAGCGAGCAUCCAAGAACCCUCUGGGAUGGGUAUGAACGCUAUUCUGAUAGAUUUCUUUCUGUACGAUACCAUGAAGGAAUUAGAGAAGGACGGACAGGAAUCCAUCCCGCAUCAUCGGACAAGAAGCAUCUGGUAUUAGACUUGCAUCGGAGCAUGAUCGUCCUGCUGUUUUUGUCACGGUCGUUAAAACACUAUACCCUCCUUUUACUCGGUCACGCAUGAUUUGAUUCCGCAUAUGGGUUGCUGUUUGGGUGGGUUAUAGGU